CGGUCAAUAUACCUUCUUAUCAGUACGAUAACCUAAGCGCGCUUUCAUAAAUGAUUCCUUAACACCAGAAGACAGGGUUAUCUGGUAUUCCCACUGUUUUGGAACAAGGGAAAGAACCGUUUCAGAUCGUGGUUAUCUCGCUCGAAAUACAGAUAUAAAAGAUGCUGAUGGGUUGUAGUGGUCAGUUCAGUUUCCAACUACGAUUUGUAAACAGCUGCAAAUAGUAUUUUUUUGUUAUUAAGUUACUAAUAAACGAAUUAAAAUGAAAGUAUUCGGGUUUGUCGCUUUGUGUUUAGCAGUCGCUGUAGCUGUCCCAGUAGAAGUAUUUGAAGAUGACAAUGGUCAAGAGUUCCUUUUGGUGCCUGUUAGCCGACAAAAGAGACAAACGAAAUGGGGCAUAUCCAACUCAGGAGCAGGCAUCAGCCACACCGGAACCAUCUAUUCUAACGGCAGGCACCAAUUGGACGGUACUGCCUCGGCAGCAAAGAACUUCCCGUCACACGGGCUCAGACCCGACCAAGUUGGUGGCCGCUUAGACUAUACUCACAACCCUUCUGGUUCGGGAGCAUUCGUAGGAGCCGACAGGACACGAAACUGGGGAACUGACGUUUCUGCAGGGGGUAAAUACAACAUCUACACCAGCCCGAAAAAGGACUUCGGAGUGGACGCCACUGGCGUCCAGCUCCCCCUGGACCACCGAAAUGUCUCUGGUACUGAGCAGUGGCGUCGACUCCGAAGUCCUUUUUCGGGCUGGUGUAGAUGUUGUAUUUGCCCCCUGCAGCAACGUCAGUUCCCCAAUUGCGCGUCCUGUCGGCUUGGACGAACGCUCCGGAACCAGAAGGGGUGUGCGUGUAGUCCAAGCGGCCACCAAUCUGGUCGGGCCUGAGCCCGUGUGACGGGAAGUUCUUCGCUGCCGAGGCUGUGCCAUCUAAUUGGUGGUGGUCAUUCUGGAAGAGCGUGCCGGUGUGACUGAUGCCUGCUCCCGAGUUGGAUAUGCCCCAUUUCGUUUGUCUGGAAGAAACG